UCUAUUUUUAGCGCCAGCACGAUAAUUUCUUUGUGAUGACGUCACAAGCUUUUCCAGGAAACCGGAGGACUGGGGAUAAAAGCUCAGGUGAGCAACUGUCGCUCGCAUUCGACACCGCACUCUGCUCAGUUUGCUCGAACUCAGAAACAAGGGUGUGAUUACCUGUGUGCAGGCUCAGAUUACUGUUGUCGGUGAACAAUGUCCAAGGUGUUCAAACAACAGAUGCGAGGUGAAAGUCUGGACGACUUUUCACAAAGACUGGUUUCAACAACGGAAUCGGAGAGAAGAAGAAUGGCGAAACAAGUCAAAAGAUUUGUCAGAUAUCUUCAUGAGCGGCCUUUCCAAUCGCCAUACUCUGUGAAAGAGGUGAUAAAGAGUGGCUCACUGGGCAAGGGUACAGCAGUACGAGACCUGGCUGACAUCGAUCUUGUUGUCUUCGUCAACGGCCUAACGAGCAUCGAUGACUUAAAAGAAGAAAGGGAGGAUCUGUUGGAAGAUCUCGAAGAUCACCUGAGGACGACAGCAAAAAUCAGCCCAGAAAAAAGCAGCAAAUACUCGCUGACCUACGACUGGCACGACAUCAAAGUCGACAUUCUUCCGGCGGUUGAUGUCUUGUCACUGUACGGGUCACCGCGAAAGGUCUAUGACGUCAUGGGGCAGUUCAAACCGAGGCGAGAAGCGGCUCAACAGUUCUCAGCUUCCUUGGCUCCACUUCAGCGCGACUUCGUGAAGGAAAUCCCGGAGUAUGUCAAGAAGGUGAUUCGCCUCGUGAAGCUGUGGAAAGAGGAGAACAGUCUUGAGAUCCGGUCGUACAGUAUAGAACUGCUGACCAUAUUUGUAUGGACAUCAAACGGAGAAGAAAAUCCAGGCACUGACAACCUUUUUCGAAAAGUUAUGAGGAAGCUAGCCACCUGUGAAACCCUUCAAGUGGGCUUUGACGACAACUACAAAUGUUCUGCAUAUCCCAGCAUGUCGCCACCUUACAUACGGGAUCCUGCCAACCCCUACAUGAACACAUUAGAAAGGAUUAAUUCCUUGGACGAAGUCUCCGACUGUGCCAGGAGGGUCCUCCAACGCCUCUAACCUUUGACACAAGGGGGCAAGUUCCUCGGAUCGCUUGCAGCCACAGUUUUCUUCUUGUUUUUUAACCUUUGCCCAUCGGGAUACUAGAAAGUGUUAAUGUUUCUUUUCCCUCUCUGUAUUUUGAUCUACGAUUGUGACACAACAGUAAUUAUGCCUACCCAUCUCUGUAGUAAACACUAAUGGCUGAUACCCGACGUAAAACAAAAUUUACAUUUAGCGAAAAGUAAAGAUUUUCGUCUGUAUAUAAAUCUAUAUAUAUAUAUUUUCUUAUUUUGCUACUUAGUUUGAUUUUAUAGUUUAAUUUUAUAUUUAACUGUUUGUAUUUUUAUGUUUUUAUUAUCUUUAAUUUAUUUUUCAUUAAGUUUUUCUAAAUUUAAAAAUGUUCAUCUUUGAGUAAGUACAAUCUUGUACAAUGUUGUAUCUUAACUUUUAACCUGAAAUUCAAAGGGAAAGUAAAGAGUUAAAUGAUUAAAAUCACCAAUUUUUAUAACUGUGUUUGUAUAUAUGUUUUUUUUAUAAAUUCAGUGCUUUGUGGUGUCAAUAUAUAAUAUGGACGCUACAC